AUGGCUUCGGACCCCAACACAGGCGCAGUGGAUGAUGCGAAUUCUCUUUCCGCCUCUCAAGAUGUCGCGCAAGAAGAGAAAGAUGACGAGCAAAGCUAUCCUCCAAUGGUCCCACGUAUCCUAAUGGUUGCCUCCUUGGGGCUAUCAUUAUUGAUAGCCGCCCUGGAUGCUACGAUGGUCGCGACUAUUGUCCCUACUUUGGCGGAUGACUUCCAUUCAGUCAAAGACGUGGGAUGCUUGUUAGUCACGGGGGCGACUCAACCAACGUUUGGGAAGCUAUACGCCACUUUCUCCAGCAAGGCCGUAUUCUUAAUCUCGUUGCUACUGCUCGAGGGGGGUUCACUGAUAUGUGCCCUCGCCCGUACCUCAGGAAGCUUUAUUGCUGGGAGAGCAAUCGCAGGUCUAGGCAGUGCUGGAUGCAUCUCCGGGGCACUAAUAAUCACUGCCGCAGUGGUCCCUUUGCAGCAAAGGCCCAUGUUCACAGGCAUCCUCGGUUCCCUCGAAGGCGUCGCCGUCGUGCUGGGGCCCAUCAUUGGCGGUGCCAUCGCCAGCCACAUUGGCUGGAGAUGGUGCUUCUGGAUCAAUUUGCCCAUUGGUGGCGUCCUCUUCAUCGUGCUCCUAUUUCUGUUCAAGCCGCCAAAAGUCCCCGGGCAAAGCACGCCGCUCAAAGGAAGAAUCAUGCAAAUCGAUUUCAUCGGCGGCACCGGCUUGGUAGGAAGCAUUACCUGCCUGCUUCUUGCCCUCGAAUGGGGCUCAACCAUGUACGACUGGAGCGACGCGAGAUUGAUCGGACUCCUCGUCGUAUUUGGGGUUUCAUUUGUUUCGGUUGCCCUUCAUCAACAUUGGCUGAAAGAAAAAGCAACUUUUCCCACCCGAUUGCUCAAGAACAGAUCGUUUACGUCGUGCCUAUGGUAUGGAUUCACACUGUCGAGUGCUCAAAUGGUCGUUCUUUACUAUUUGCCGGUAUGGUUCCAAGCUAUCCAGGGCGUUUCUGCUCGGGAGUCAGGCGUUCGGUUACUGCCUAUGGUCCUUGCCUUGAUUCUUUCAGGGGUUUUCGCUGGCAUUGGAGCUUCACUUGUGGGAUACAUUCCCCCGUUCAUGAUCGCUGGAACCGUUCUGGCCUCUGCUGGUGCUGGAAUGCUCUUCACAAUCCACCCCAACAUUGAAAACGCCAAGUGGAUUGGAUAUCAAGUUCUAUUCGGGCUUGGCUCGGGUGCUGGCGUGCAACAAUCCAUCGUCGGUGUACAGGUCGCGCUGGAUCCGGCAGACGUUCCGUAUGGUACAUCUGCGAUUAUUCUCGUGAACACCGUAGGGGGGUCGAUCUUCAUCAGCGUUGCCCAGAACAUCUUCAUUACCAGAAUCGAACGGUUGACGCAGCUGAUUCCGACUGUGGACCGCGCGACACUUCUUAAUCGGCUCGGGUUCCUCAGAGAAUCGCUCACAGCUGAACAGCUUACCAUCGCACUUCGAGAGUACAACAGCGGCAUAGAGAACGUUUUUCUGCUUGCACGCGUUUUCUACCAUAUUUGGUGGCCCAAAAAGCGCUACUUUGAGUCUAAACCCGGAUCAAUUUUUCGACCUGUUGUUACUCCGUCACGGGUAGCCUUGUUAGAAACCGACUACAACUUGCACAAGUCCAACAGCACCUACUUCUCGGAUCUUGACGUGGCGCGAACGGAUCUCCUCGCCGCUAUUCGGUCUGAGGCCAUCCGCGGCGGUCUGUACAAGGAGUACAAGAAUGGCGUCAUGGUCCUUCUCGCGGGAACGUCGUGUACUUUCAAGAAGGAAAUCAAGCCGGGAGUUGCGUUCGACAUGCACAGCCGGAUUCUGACCUGGGACCGCAAAUGGAUUUACGUGGUGACGCAUUUCGCCGAACGACAAAAGGGGGCCGAAUCUUUCAGUUACCAGCCAUGGAGAAAAGACGAAAAGGGCAGCCCAUCCUCGCGGUCUCCUGUUGUGUAUGCGACUGCAAUCUCGAAAUGCGUGGUCAAAGCCGGGCGCUUAACGGUGCCGCCAGAGAAAUUCUUCAGGGCAGCGGGUGUGCUUGCGCCGGAAAGCCCGGACGAAAGUGGGGCCGAUAAAAAAACGGAGGGCGGGAGCGGCUCGGAAGGGGCCGAGAAAUGGACGUGGGACCGGGUGGAAGAGGAACGUGUGCGGGCUUUGAGCAUGGCGGAUGGCUUCGCAAAUGGAUUAGACGCGGCGCAUGAGGAGUUCCAUGCCCUGGGAUAG